AAUAACUCCUAGGUUGAAUGUAGUUAAUGAAAGGAAAGCGCCAAUUUGACGUCGAUUGGUGUCUUCGUUUGUUUUGGGAGAUGUCAGUUUGUUAAUUAGCUGAAGUAAACUAUGAUAUUAUGGAUGACAGUGUAAAUAAUUUUCACAAAAAACAGGGUACCAGGGUCUUCAAGAAAAGCAGCCCAAAUGGAAAAAUCACAACAUACUUGUGCAAAAGGGAUUUCAUUGACAGUCUAGCGGAUGUAGAUCCAAUUGAGGGCGUCGUAUUGGUUGACCCAGAGUAUGUCAAAGGACGGAAGGUGUUCACUCACGUUUUAUCAGCAUUUCGUUAUGGGCGUGAAGACUUGGAUGUACUUGGGUUGACGUUUCGCAAGGAUCUCUAUCUAGCCUCAGCUCAAGUUUAUCCUCCAGUUUAUGCAUCCGAAGCUGAUAACUGUGGAAGGGUUCUAUUAAAUCCGGCAAGUACAUCUGUUUGUGGAAAUUCUAAGCCUCCUGGUCCAGAAGUUUCUGAAGGGACAGAUGAUAGUUUACAUUCUGGUACUCUUCCACUAACAAGACUACAAGAACGUCUGAUUAAAAAGUUAGGAAGUAACGCCUUUCCAUUUUACUUCAAGCUUCCUGCAGACGCACCUGCUUCAGUUACACUUCAACCAGGUCCAAAUGAAAACGGCAAACCAUGUGGUGUAGACUAUGAACUAAGAACUUAUGUGGCUGAAACAUCGGAUGAUAAACUACAAAAACGCCGAAUGUUUUUAUGCGGAGCUAUAGGCUACCGCCCGGACAAUCAAUUACAGUGUAAUAAACGUAAUGCUGUUCGACUUGCUAUUCGUAAACUGACUUAUGCACCAGAAGAACCAGCCCCACAACCAUCUGCAGUGGUCCUUAAAGAAUUCAUUAUGAGUCCAGGUACACUUCGUUUGGAGGUCUCUUUAAAUAAAGAAAAAUAUUAUCAUGGUGAAUCAAUAGAUAUCAAUGUUUUGGUAGACAAUAAUUCAAAUAAGACAGUGAAAAAAAUCAAAUUGUCAGUUCGUCAGUAUACUCAGUUAUGCUUACAUAAUAACAAUCGUUAUAACUGUGUUGUGGAUGAAUUAGAAACUGAUGAGUCAUUUCCUAUUUUGCCAAGUCAAACGGGUUGGUGUAAAGUAUAUAAACUACGUCCAUUACUUGCUAAUAACAGACAUAAACGUGGUUUAGCAUUAGAUGGUAAAUUAAAACAUGAAGAUACUAAUCUAGCGUCAUCCACAAUUAUAUGCAAUCCGAACCAUAAAGAAAAUCUUGGUAUGACUGUUCAGUAUCGUGUAAAAGUUCGAUUAGUAUUAGGAUUCGUGUCAAGUGAUGUCAGUGUGGAACUUCCCUUCACACUAACUCAUCCAAAACCUGAUUCAGACGUUAAUGGUACAUCAACAAAAUUAGUUAUUGAUGAUGUUAAUGAUAUUCUUCAUCCUUUGUUAUCUGGACCAGAUGAUAGACUAAAACAUAAUCAGGAUAUCUUGCAACAAUCCCAGCUACAUCCAAACGAACAAAGUUCAUCUGAUCGUAAUGUAAAUAUUACAGAUGAUUUAAUUAAAUUGGAUGAUGGAAUAAAUGACAAUAAAACGUAUUUAGUCAGUAGUGUUGGUGGUGGUGUUGAUGAUGACGAUGAUUUGAUUUUUGAAGAUUUCGCUCGUCUACGUUUAAAAUCAUAUGAAUCUGAUAAACGUAUGGAUAAAGCAGAUUCAUCUACAGCUGAUUCAACAGUGGCAACAAAUCUCAAUGCACCUAACACUAUCAUUUCUCCGUCAUCAACAUCAUAACAGUAAUUUUUUUAAAAAAAUGUAUAAUUCCUUAUUUUCUACUAACAUUCUUUCUUGAAUAGUUACACGGAUUUUUUUCUUUUGCUUUCAUUAUAAUAUAUAACUAUAAUAUUAUUUGUAGUUUUGUGGGUACUACCACUAAUACUACUGAUGUUCAGUGCUUUUAAUUAAUGCUUUUGUUUAUUUCAAACGAAAUUUUAAUUCAAUAAUUUCAACUUAUUAAAGUAAAUAUUUUCUUGAUUAUUGUUCAGGCUGAUUGAUUAUGAUUUUUAGAUCAGUUUGACUUUAAAAAAAUAAACAUAGAUCAUUCUGACUGUUCAACAUUUCUCUUCUUGUCUCUCUCUCUCCCUCCAUGCUCAAUCGGUUUCUCUUCGUUCUAUAUGUGUCUUUCAUCAAAAUAAUUUGAUCAAUUUGUUUCCUUAUAGAAGUUAUAUUAAUGUUAUACAUUCAAAGUAUUCAUUUUCAUUGUAUUCACCCUUUUUUUCUUGUUCCCAUUCAUAAGUAUAGAUUAUUUCAUAACAAUUAUCUAUCAAUUUUCUUUCUUUUUUCGCAAAUUUCCCAAAUUAAAUGAAAAUUAGUGAAAUGUAAAAGAAUGGAGGAAUCCUUUAAUGUAAUUUGCCAAUAUUAUUAUUAUUAUCUGAGUUAUAAUGAUUUAUUGUGGAAGAAUAAAAGUCUUGUAUAUUUGUAACUUUUAAUUGAGUUUUACAUUUGAUGAUAGUAGUAUGGUAAGUAAUAAGUGUUCGAUUAGUAAUGAUCAUCUGGUAAGUAAAGUAUAUCAGUAUUCAUGUUUUAGUGUUUAUUUAGGUUCUAUUCGAAUAUAAUGAUAAUGAUACUACUGAUAUUUUUUUAUUUAAAAUGAUCUCUCUUGUUGCAUUUUAAUCUAACUUUGUUUUUUUAUAAUUUAAAUUAUUGUUUAACUAAUGUAUCUUUAAUGUUUCUACUGUGUAAAUAAGUGAGAAAUUUACUUAAUACAUCAUAAAGUGGUCGUUUUAACUUUUAUUUAUUGUUGUUUUAUUCUUUAACGUAACUUUUCGUUUGUAUGUAUUUGUUAUUGACAACACAUCGUUAUCAUAAAUGUUGUUGUGAUGGUCUUCUGUUUCCUUACACACACAAACACACAUACACGCACAUAUACCUAUUCUUUACUGAUUGUCAUACCCUGUGGCUAUUAUUUUCGUUUCUCAUUUACAUAUCCUUCUUUCUUUAUGUUAUUUCAUUGCUGUUUUUGUUUAUUAUUAUUAAGUUUAAAAUCUAUCAGUUGAAAAACCUUUAUAAAGAACAAACCAAAUAGAGAAGAGAAUAAAUGGACGAAAAUUAAGCAAAUUCAUGGCAAAUCUAUUGAAGUUUUCUUUAAUUUGUAUAGUAAAAAUAUAUAUUUAUAUUCUUUAUUUCAUUACUUGUGUUGUCAUCAAAAAUAACAAUAAAGUGUACAGACGAAUAAAAGUUGUAAAAAAAUAUAUAAGCACAUUAACA